AGAUAAGGUUGAUUAUUCUAUAUUCACACAAUAUAUUUCACAAUAAUUUCAUUUGUUGAUAAAAUAACUUAAAUUUAAAAGAAUGGCAUCAAUAAACACAAGUCUCGUUCUCCGAUUAUCACGAUGCGUACCUUUUCUGCCAAAAACGAUAAAUUUAAGGGUUUCUCCAAAUGCAUUGAAGUCAAGACAGUAUGCUAGUGAGGAGGCUAAAGUAAACACGGAACAAUCUGAAUUAACAGAAAAUGAAAAAAAGCUAACUGGCGAGGUUGAAAAAUUAUCAAAAGAAAAUGAGACUUUGGUGGAAAAAAACAAGGAACUUGAUGAUAAAUACAAGCGAUCACUAGCGGACAGUGACAAUAUGCGCAAAAGGCUAACAAAGCAAAUUGACGAUGCCAAGAUUUUCGGAAUUCAAUCUUUCUGCAAGGAUCUCUUGGAAGUAUCAGAUAUUCUUGGGCAUGCAACAGAAGCUGUGCCUAAAGAAGAAAUAAAUGAUAAAAAUCCUCAUUUAAAAGCACUUUACGAAGGUUUAACAAUGACAAAGGCACAAUUGAAUGCAGUGUUUAAACGAAAUGGUCUCGAACAAAUCAAUCCAAUUGGUGAGAAAUUUAAUCCCAAUUACCAUGAAGCGUUGUUCCAACAAGAAGUCCCAAACAAAGAUUCAAACACUGUUGUAGUUGUUAGUAAAAUUGGUUAUAAACUUCACGAAAGGGUCAUUCGACCGGCAUUGGUUGGUGUCAGUAAAUAAUUUCAAAACAUAAGAAAUCUUCGAUGUAUGCAAAUUCAUCGUCAAAUGUUAAUUUCCAGAAUAUUUUCCUUAUCCAACUCUGUAACUUGACGAUGUUUUUGAUCAUUGAACGUUACAAAUUUAAAUAACAUGCAACUUAGAUUAAAUGAUAUGAAAUAAAAUCAUUUUUGAAAUUAUAUUUUU